GAAGUUAAGCUUCCUCGGCACACAGGCGACUAUGUUUAUAGAACCAGCUAGCCUUACUGUUGUCAGCUGCUGCCCGUGGUUCUGGUUAUUUCAGGGCAUCACAGUGGUUGUUAGCCACCACAAGCCAUGGGCAGAGAAGGGAUGUACGCAGAAAGAGGGAUAGCCUGCUGUCAUCCCACAAACAAUCUCCCCUGCAAUUAACUUGAUUUAUCUACAUGUGCUGUGUGAUUAUGAGGGGCUGGAGCCAUAGUGAUGAGUGUGCAAUUCUCUCGUCCUCUCACAGUCCAUGUUCUCCCAGUUGACAGACUAAAGGAGGAAUUGUGGAGUCUGUUUGAAGAUGUGUAUCUGUGUGCCGUGCUGGUCUGUUGUGUUGGACUGUUGUGCAUGUGCAUGUUCACUGUAGCUGUGAGUUGUCAGUAUCUGCAGAGGAAGAGACAUUUAAAAGAAACUUAUCAUUUCGUCAAGAGUUCACAAAACAGCUCAGGUGAGACAGUCACAAGUGUUGUCGGUCUGUCUCCGGCUCUUCCCAAAAAAGAGAGAAAGUACAACAAAAAGAAAAGCGUGGAGCAGCCAGAUGUGCCUCCAGAGAUACCGGCUAAAGCCCCUAUUGCAGAUGCAAUGCGGAAGCCAAAGCUUUUAAAACCUCAAAGCAUAAAAGUGGUUUUGCCCAAAAUUGCAGAGGAGAGUCUGACUUAUGCUGAACUUGAACUAAUGAAGCCACUACCUGAUGAUAAAACUGCAAAGACAGGAACUGUGUACGCUCAGAUACUCUUUGAGGAUAAGCCAGUGUAGCAUUAAACCAUUUACUUGUUAGAAAACUUCUUGGUUACGGAUGUAACCUCGGUUCCCUGAUGGAGGGAACGAGACAUUGUGUCGAACCGACAGAAUGGGGUUUGUCUUGAGAACCUAUCAUCUUCUGAGUAUUUAGAAAAGGCCAAUGAAAAUUGGCUCAUUUAUUCACCUGUUGGUCUGAGGAGCCUAAAGCAUCCUCCCCCGACCGCUGGGGUGGGCGGCCAGUGUUGUGGCAUGAGGGACACAACGUCUCGUUCCCUCCAUCAGGGAACCGAGGUUACAUCCGUAACCAAGACGUUCCCUUUCUGUCGGUCUCUCGACGUUGUGUCGAACCGACAGAAUGGGGUUCCUAUGGAAAACGCCACAGCACUGAGCCGCGUCACAAUCUCUGCGGAGCGACGUUGACUGGGCUGGGCGAGUCAGACGAAGACGCUAACGCGAAAUUAUGACCCUUCAGUGGAGAGGUAGGGGGACCCAGAGCUUUACACAAAGUUGGGAAGCCCCAUCACCGGCCAUCACGGCGGAGGCCUAGUUCUCUAAAUAGCGAGAUGCCGCCAGGCACCGUACGGGCCACUGGGUAAGCAUUAUUCCCCCCUGGGGGAAAAACGCUGCAGAGGCCACUACCUACCCUAGGGAGGAAUCAGUGGAGACACCACAUGGUCUCACCAUCAGGGGAGAACUCAUGGGAGGAAUGUGCGGACUGCAGGAGUUAAACGCAAGGUGGGAGUCCACCUGGGGAGGUCAUGGGUUGCCAAGGUGGGAACCAUUCAUGAGGAUACAUCAGACUGAACAGCCCAAUCACGUAUUCGGACACGAUGCGUCAUGAU